AUGACAUACAGGACGUAUGACCCGUUCAAAGACUACAUUUUACCUGGAGGACUUUGUGCCAAGUCGACUGCUGCAUUUGUUACCGUCACCCUACUUUUUAGCAACAACUGUUUCGGAGAGAAUCCUUUCGUAGCAUUCAUCGGGCAUGGAUCCCUGCAACUAGCUGCUUCAUACACUGCUCAUGUUGUUGGAAAUAGAUUUGGAAGGCGGAUAACACACUGCCUCGUGCUAUUGGCUGCUGGUUUGUUGUGCAUCAUCCUCAUAUGCUUAACCGCAGCACACUCAACCCAGUGGAUCAUAACUACACUUUCUCUUGUGCUACUCUUCUGCUGUGACUGCUCAUAUUUACUCACAAAUAUACAGAGCUUGGAAUUGCAUCCAACGAGUUUACGACAGAUAGGCAUCGCAAUUGAAUACGUCUUCGUUCAAUGCAGUAUGAGUGUUCCACCUUACGUAGCUCACUUGGGUAAGACUGCUGGAAUGCAUAUCGCUUUCGCCAUACUUGCGGCCGUGACCCUGAUUAUGUCUGUUUUGAUGUCAUUUGUGCUGGAGUCUUUUAAUGAGAAGCUUCCAGAGACAAAACAAGAUAUUUCACUCUUUGGAACGAAGCAGAAGUACUGGAGUCUUCCAAGCCGGAAGUCAAAUGUAUCAGAGAGAACGCCAAUGUAGGAUAUAUUGACAACCAGAACUGGAGCUCUGGGAAUGAUCUCACAAAACUUUACAGAAAAAUCUUUAAGGAAAUACCUUGACUAAACUAAACUUGUAGUCUGUUUUCUGUAGUGUAUUAACAACGACAGCAGUUUAAACUGGAAAUGAUAAUACAAUUGCGAUUCAAGUGGUAUGAUGAGAAAGUGGUAAGGUUUUCCUGUUUCAUGCACAUGUGAGAUGAUACAUUACGCGAACACAUUGAAAACAGACGUGUUGAUUGUAUCUGCAGAUAGUAAAAUGUUGAAGUUACAUUAUAUUUUCUAAAGUACCUCCAUAUUGUCUCCGGGAUAUUAUUAGUAUAUAAUUACAUUUUCAUACAUAUGCAGCGGAUAAAAUCUUAGUUUGGAGACCUUAACAUCCAAGAAAUUACACCUACAGUUCAUAAUUGUUUAGCAAAAAGGAAUAAAGUUAC